CCAUCGUCGGCAGCGCCCGCCCCCAGGGGUGGGGCCUGUGGGCUGUCACAGGCCCCACUGCGGGGCGCUAGGCCUCAUCAUCCCCCGGGUGCCUGCAGGAGCAGUUCACCCGGUAGAGAGGCGGCCCGGAGAGCUGCGGGAGGUCCCGUCGCGUUCUCCUUCCUUCCCUAGGAAGGACCCAGGUUCUGAGCUCCGAGAAAACUUUACAAAGGAAGAGAAAAGUUAUCCCCACUCGCUUGGUGGCUUCUGCCUUUCCUUCCCACCCCCAUCUCCCUGCGCCUCCAACUCCAACUGGUAAUUCCUGGUUUUUGUUAUGCUGCUGCUCACCGCCGAAAAGGAGUGGAAGUUUUCUCUUGUUGAUUGAGCAUGCGUGAAAAUCCGGACUUCAGUCUGUUGAGCCUUUAUGAAUAAAAAGUUCACAGCAUAAAUUAUUUCUUACUCUAUAUGUACUUCAAGUACAAUGAUGCUAUAGACAGCAGCAAACUAGGAAAGAAAAAAGGAUUUACUACUGAAGGAUGAAUAGUGAAGAAGAAUUCUUUGAUGCCGUUACAGGCUUUGAUUCUGACAAUUCAUCUGGGGAGUUUUCAGAGGCAAAUCAGAAAGUCACAGGAAUGAUUGACUUGGACACUAGUAAAAGUAAUAGGAGUGGAAAAAAUGGAGAGAGGACUCCACAAGAGAAUGGAAUCAAGAAACGCAGGACAUCAUUGCCUGCCCCAAUGUUUACUAGAAGUGAUUUCAGUGUGUGGAGUAUAUUAAAGAAAUGCAUUGGCUUGGAAUUGUCAAAAAUCACAAUGCCUAUUGCCUUCAAUGAGCCAUUGAGUUUCCUCCAGCGAAUUACUGAAUACAUGGAACACAUAUACCUCAUUCAUAAAGCUUCUUCUCAAACACAGCCCUUGGAAAGAAUGAAGGCUGUAGCUGCUUUUGCAGUUUCGGCUGUGGCUUCUCAGUGGGAGAGGACUGGUAAACCAUUUAAUCCACUACUGGGGGAAACAUAUGAAUUAAUCAGGGAUGAUUUAGGAUUCAGAUUUAUAUCUGAACAGGUCAGUCACCAUCCUCCCAUUAGUGCAUUUUAUUCAGAAGGUCUCACUCAGGACUUUAUCUUUCAUGGCUCAAUCUACCCCAAAUUGAAGUUCUGGGGGAAAAGUGUAGAAGCAGAGCCCCGAGGAACAAUUACACUGGAGCUUCUCAAACAUAAUGAAGCCUACACGUGGACAAAUCCUACCUGCUGUGUACAUAAUAUAAUUAUUGGCAAGUUGUGGAUAGAACAAUAUGGAACAGUUGAAAUUUUAAAUCACAGGACUGGAGAUAAGUGUGUACUUAAUUUUAAACCAUGUGGGCUAUUUGGGAAAGAACUUCAUAAAAUAGAAGGAUACAUUCAGGACAAAAGCAAAAAGAAGCUCUUUGUGAUAUAUGGCAAGUGGACGGAAUGUUUAUGGGGUAUAGAUCCUGUUUCCUAUGAGUACUACAAAAAGCAUGAAAGGAAAGGUGACCACCAGAAAAAAGCAAAAGCGGUGGAUGAUUCUGAAAAAUCUGAGAGUGAUGUGGUUGAUGAGGUGCCUGAGAUCCAAGAUACAGUACAAGUCAUACCUGGCAGUGAGCUCCUUUGGAGGAUAAACACAAGGCCUCCAAAUUCUUCUCAGAUGUAUAAUUUUACCAGUUUUACUGUGAGCCUCAAUGAACUCGAAAAGGGCAUGGAAAAGAUUUUAGCUCCUACAGAUUGCCGCCUUCGUCCAGAUAUCAGAGGCAUGGAAAAUGGUAACAUGGAUUUAGCCAGUCAGGAGAAAGAAAGAUUAGAAGAAAAGCAAAGAGAAGCCCGGAAGGAGCGUGCCAAAGAUGAGCAAGAGUGGCACACAAGGUGGUUUUAUCAAGGCAUUAAUCCAUAUACUGGGGCUUCUGACUGGUUAUAUUCGGGUGGAUACUUUGACAGAAAUUUCUCAGACUGCCCAGAUAUAUACUGAACCAUUGGAACGGAUUCUUUAGGACAUGGAGAAGUCACAUCCCACUUCAAGCCAGCUCCUCUGGUUUUGUUAAUAGCAGAAACCAGCUUUUAUAAUAGCAAUUUUAAUGGGAAUAGCAUCAUUCACUGAUCAAGGAUUUAAUUAUUAUUAAUUUUUGAUUGCCAAAAUUUUAAUUGCUAUUGUGUUCUCUUCAUAAAGCUGCACUUGAAAUCAUCAAGUUUUCACUAAGUUUUAAAAAGGAAAAUUCUUUGUGAUUCCCUUUUAUGUGACAGAAAUUGACUGUGGCUGGUUUAGUUUACAAGCACCCUCUUAACUCUGUAACAGCAUUUAAAGAAGUAACAGGAAGACAUCCGCGUUUCUGCUUGUAGUGAAGCAAAAAAGGCUUUCUUCAAGUAUUCAGAAGUUGAACAAACAAGUGACAAUAAUUUUGAGAGGGGAAGAGAUGACUCUUGGAAACUAUCCCUAGAGGUAUAAAGGACUGAAAUAAAGGACUACUCAUCAAAUGAUGGCGAUCCCGAUGUGAAUAUAUACAAAACAAUGUCAGACUCAAUUGAAUAAAAAGAUGCCAAAUUACAUUUUAUCAUUGGGGGGUACUAUAAGCAUUACUGAAUAAAUAUUAAUACAAAGCAACUAAAUUAGCAUUUUGGUCACAAGCAAGGUAUGCAUUAAUCAACAUCUAUGUACUAUCCAAGGUAAAGCAUUAUCAUUACAAUUUAGAAUGAUUUAAAAUAUUGACAGAAAUAUGGAAGGAAAAUACCCAAGGCUGCUUUAACCAUGUAUGAAAAAAUCAAGCCUUUAGAGUUUGGUACUAUUUAUACUCUGGACUGACUUUUCAUUAUGGAAAAAGCAUUUGCCUCUAGAGUCUAGUCAGUUUGGAAAGUGCUUUGUAUGUAUUCAUAGAAUCAUUGUGUUUUUUUCCCCUUAAUAUGCAUGUUCUAAAACAUUACAGAAUCACCUCUGAUUGUCUGAGGGCAGGGUGGGCAGGGGAGGGCAGAAAUUACUUAAAAUGGUGUAAUUAGAAUUAUUUAAGAAAUAUUAGGUAUAAUAUCUGUUUAAGCACAUGUGGUCAUCAAAGUGACUUAUUUUUCUUUGUGUAGAAAUGUCAAAGCCAUAUAAUGUCAGAGCUAUUUGAAUUGCAGAUCAAUUUAUUGUAUAUAUAUAGACAUAUAUACAUAAUAUUAUUGAGUUAGGUUACAAAUUCAAACAUUUCUGAAGAAAGGGAUUAUAGUUUUGUGUUUGGCUUGAAUAUUAUGUUUGCAAUUAAAACACUUUUUAAAGCCAAGACUUGUUUUGAAAGCUUUUAAUUUGGUAACCAUUAGAAACUGGAAAGCAGCUGUGUUAUUGCUAAGUCUAUAGUCAUUCAAAGAUGGCUGCUGUUCUCUAUACCAACAACUUUACAUAUUCUUAAAAUGAACUUGAAAAUUGAUUUCUAAAUGCAUUUGAGGAUUCAUGUGCGUGAUAUUUUUCACAGAGUAGAUUUUGAAAUAUCUGCCAAUGCAAAGUAUAGUAAAGAAGUCAGGAGGAUAUUGUGUGUGUGUGUGUGUGUGUGUGUGUGUGUGUGUGUGUGUAAAGCCAGGCACUUCAAGUGAAGAAAGGUAUAGUCAUGGUAGGGUCAUUGUCUAAGCAUUCAGGUAAGUUCUAAAAAUCAAAGACAAAGAAGGAUGCAUCCCCAAAGUACACACACAUUCGCUGUAUUUUGGGGGCAGUAAACAACAUUUUAUUUAUCUUGCUGUUUUGAAGAGAGAAGCAGCAUGGCAUAGAAAGCUAGCAUUGAAGCCCAAAAGCCCUAGGUUCGAGUUCUGCCUCUGACACACAUUGGCUGUGACUCUGGGUAAGUCGUUUAACCUCUCAGUACUCUAGUCAGCUCUAAAGCUAUAAGUUACAGAGAAGAUGCAUCCUCCCUUGGUACAGAGAGUUCCCUAUACCAGUAAAAAUCACAGGUCCAGUAAAGUCCUUAUCCCAGUCCCUAUCCCUAACAAGAGUGGGUUCUUUAUAUUGUUAGGUAGUCAACCUUGUAAUAAAUGAUUUGGAGGGCUUGGAGAGGCAUAACUAAGAUAAAUGUAGCCCUGCUAAAAACACUGUUUCUUAUGUACUUUGUUUUAAAAGAAAACCAUUAGUAGCAAAGAAAGUUAAUGAUGUUUUAAUCACUAUUUCAUAUUUCUUGCUUAAUGCUUCUUUUCACAUAUCCAUGCCUAUAAAAUACUUAAAGUGUGAAAGUAUCGACACCUAAAGGUUAUUGUCAUUCUUGUAAAACAUUAGGAUAAAAUGAAAUGUUCCUUAUUAGAAUUUUAAUGAUAAAACUUCUUUUAAAGUAUGAUUAUACUUUCUAAUGAUAUGAUUUUUGGCUGAUGCAGAAGUUAUAUAUUUGUAUUUUUAAUACUGACCUAUGUUUAGUAGACAUUAAAAAAACUUAUCCCCCAAAUUUCAUUAUUUUACAAAAUAAUAUUUUCAUGAUUAGGUCAAAACAGCUGCAUUAGAUACCUUAAAAUGUCUUUAGACUAGAACUAUAUCCCUUACCCUUAAUUGAGCCUAAUUUUUUUGGUCAUGUUUCCCAAUUAAAACUAAAAUUCAGGCCACAUUGUUGUUUUUCUCUACACAUAAUUACUGCAUGCUUUUGUAUAAACUGAAAAUUAAUUUUGUUGAGCCAUUCAAUGUUUCAUAGAUUUAACACAAAGCUGUCUAAUGUCUAGGACUGGACAAAUUUUUCUUUUGUUUCAUUUGACUUUAAUAUUGUUUACAUUACAGUGGCCAACACAGUAUUUGUAUAGGGUAGCCUGGUGGUACCUUCCUAAGUGAAAGACUGCUCUCUAAGGAGCUAAAAGAAUAAGCAGCACUUUUACUUUGGGAGUACUUGCCUCAGUUCAGGGAGAUAAACUGAAGAAGAGACUGUGGAAGUUUGCAUUCCUCUCUUGCCUCUGAGGCUGCCACAGAAGCAGGACACCUCCAAAAUAUUUCAUACCUCUAUAAAAGGCCUGUAAGUAAAACAAUGUGAUUUUGGGAAAGUGUGCCAAAAUAUACUUUGUGAUUCAUGAGACCUUAAGCAUAGACUGAUUGAAAAUCUGUUACAGUUCCCUGACACAGAGAAAUAGGAAAAAAACAAAACAAACAAAAAACCCACAAAUAGAUGGCACUAGGGAUACCUUCAGUUGUUUGUACUUGGCAGGAAUACUUGGAAGAUGAACUUCCCUUUUUCCUUGCUCAUAAUUAUCCCUUUGCUUGCUCAGACUCAUAAUUCUUCUUGAAAUAGCCCAUCUGAUGCAGUGAAAAUGAAUUCCAAAUGCCAUGAUGGCUUUAGUGAAGAAUGUAAUAGGAAAAAGCAUUCUGGGAAGCCUGUGGUUCACCAUCAUGCCCCUUAAGAGCAUUCAACAAAUGUAUGAAAAUGUUGUUAUGUGAUAAUUGUUAAAACAACCCUUCUAUUACCAGCAAGUAAAGCUAUUGAGCCAUGGUGAAUGGAAAUGCUUGCCAGGCUGAGUUGCUGUGUCUUUGUGCCUACUAGAUAGAUCUAAGCAAUGAAAUGUGAAACAAAAAUCAGUGGGGGAAAAAAUGACCUGCUCAAACUUUUUUGUAAAAUGUCUUGCAAAAACAACUUGAGAGGUAGCUGGUAUAGUGGAAGGAACCUCAGAAUUAGAGUCAGAAGACCUAGGUUAAAAUCCUGCCUUUGCCACUAACUUGCUUUGUGACCUUGGACAAGUCACUUGCCCUUUCUGGGCCUCAGUUUCCCCAUCUAAGGUCCUUUCCAGUUUUAAAUGUUAUGAUUCUUUAAUUUUGGAGUCUUCUCUCUUUGGGAAAGGACUGGAAAUGAAGAACAUGUUUAAGUUACUUAGAAGUUUCAAAUCAGUGAAAGCUUUCUGGGGUUAAAAAUAUCCUUGUUACUUCUAAUCUUGGGUGCUAAGUUUUCUAUCUUAGGAUUUAAAAAGUGGAUGUGAAGCAAUGUGUCAAUAGAAAAGAAAAAGAGUCAUCAAUGGAAAAAUCUUUGAGAAAUUCUUCUUUUCUUAUGCCUCAACAUUUAAAAAAAAAAUCUUCCAAAGAUCUUUUCUAUAACCUGAAUGGUUACAACACUUUGGAUCACCAGUAUAUAGCUUGCUGGCAGUUGACACAUAAUAACAUGGUCUGUGAUUAUAGGCACAGUACACUAACUCACUCUUCUCUAACAUUUCCUAAAUUUAUUCUCUUUUGAUUAUCUUCCAUGUACUUACUGUCAGUUUUUUCCAACAUGAAAGCGCCACUCCUUUUUCAUCCCUUGGUAUGAAGGCUAAAGAACAAUAUAUAAUUUGGUAAAUUGUUACUUCUUCUCUUUUGAAAAAAAGUAAAACCAUGUAUCUUGGGGAAAUGGUAUCCUAGAGCAAUACUUAAUUUUCUGUAGAGUGGAUAGAACACAGACAGUUGAUUUGGGUAUAUUUUAUAGCAUGUGGAAAAAAAAUAUGCUUUUGCUUUUACCCAGAAUGCCAGCACACAUCCUGAGUUACACUCUGAUGGAGCCGCUUUUUUUGCCUUACAUAAUUGCUGUGCUUGGUUGAUUCUUUCAAACACUGUGUUCAUUUUAUCAAUGUUGCAUGAAAAUGUCAGACUAUGAAAAUGCUUUAGUGAAAUGGAUUUAUUUUUAUAAUAUUUAAUAACUGUCAAUACCCAUCUAUAUUAACAAAAUCAGUCAUACUUUAGCUUUUUGGAGGAGUAUGUACAGGUUUGUGGAGAUGAAUGUUAAAACAGUAGAUCUGAAUAAAGGUCCUUUUGAAAAA